UUUGUUUGAAUGUAAUAUAACAAACCACUUACUGCUUUUACAUGAUCACUUUAUUUUGAUCAAAUUGUAUUUUUCAUAAAUAUUGCCAUUUAGUUAUAUACCUAACCUCAUUUUAAUAACUAAGUGAUCCAUAACUCGUAUUCUUAAUCCCAAGCCAAUAAAAAGUCAUAAAUGUCAGCCAGGAGGUCUAAUAAGUCCAGGUAAAGGUUGGUGUGUCCCGGUCCUGUCAGCAGUCCAACAACAGGUACAGCUGAGAGAGGACGACACAGACAAUGACAGCGCUGGGCAGUGUUGUGGUUCAGACGGUCUUGUUACUGACGGGGCUGGUCGUCGUUCAGGGAGAAACCAAAGCUGUCUCUAAAGACGAACCCAGGUUCUCAGAAUGGUCAGGUGAUGUGAGAGAAGACACCCAGGUGGGCUGUGUGUUUGGGGGGAGCUGUGUGCUGCCUUGCCGCUUCCAUCCAAACAGUGAUACCAUCCUCCACUGGAACAAGAUAAGUGGGAAGGAUGUUCAGGUCCACUCCUACUACGAUGAACUGGACCAACUGGGACACCAGGACCCUCUCUACGAGGGAAGGACCUCCCUGUUCCAGGAUCAGAUCUCAGGGGGCAACGCAUCCCUUGGUCUGGCCAGGGUGAACCUCCAGGACCAGGGCAGGUACCUGUGUUACGGCAGCACUUCACAGAACAACCAGGAGACCUUCGUCAGCCUGACAGUGAGAGGUGAGCUCAAGUCCUGGGUUAACCUUAACCCUAACCCUAACCCCAACUCUGAGUUUCUUGUUUUAAUACGGUACAAUAUUAUCUAGGUCAUCGUUAAUGUGAAGUUAUUUGGUUCUGUCUUGCUGUCAUUGUUAUUAUCCUCAUUCUUAUUAAAGAAAGAAUAAUCCACAUUUUCUUUUUCUGUUUCAGCGGGAUCAUUUAGCACACCUUGGUUACAAAUAGGAUUCUAUUUUUAUGGUAUACUUUUAAUCAUCAUCAGCAUCAUCCUCAUCUGUUUACGUAUAAAGAGAAGGGUUUCUUUUGAAUUUUUUGUAUCAUUUUCUUUAAUAUUUGUUCUUGUAAAUUACUUCACAUUAUAUUUUAUUUCGUUCUUUGUGUCAUUUUCUCUUUUAUUUUUAAUUAAUUAAUUGAAAACGUUUGUGUGGUUAUUUCUGGGUCAUUCAUUAGUGAUGUGAUGGGUCGUUUUAUCUGUAUUAUAAUGUAAUAAUCAACCACUUUUAUAUAUUUUAGUUUACUAUAUAUUCAUGUUAAUGAUGUAUUUUGGUUUGUCUUUGUCUUCACUGCCUCACUGUGGGAGGUCUAAAAUGAGCGUGCUUCACCUCAAACACACGAUGCCUCUGGUGCUGCACAGAUGUGUUAUGUUGUACCCAUUAAGUUAAAGGUGACCAUGUCAAAUUAAAUAAAUGAAUAUAUUUUAAUCA